GCUUCAGAUGACAAGCGGAUGUUAUUAAUAUUCACUUCCGGGUGAGUCCUAUCGUGCGCCAUCUUGUCUUGUUCGUGAAGAAGUAGAAGCAUCGAAAAGGGUUGGAGAGGUAUUGCAAGAACCGUGGCGACAGCGGUGUUCCGGAACAAGAGUGGAAAAUCUAUAUUUUUAAAGAAAGAAUGUGGGAUCAAGGAGGACAGCCUUGGCAGCAAUGGCCCUUGAACCAACAACAAUGGAUGCAGUCAUUCCAGCAUCAACAGGAUCCAAGCCAGAUUGACUGGGCAGCAUUGGCUCAGGCUUGGAUUGCCCAAAGAGAAGCUUCAGGACAGCAAAGCAUAGUAGAACAACCACCAGGAAUGAUGCCAAAUGGACAAGAUAUGUCUGCAAUGGAAUCUGGUCCAAACAAUCAUGGGAAUUUUCAAGGGGAUUCCAAUUUUAAUAGAAUGUGGCAACCAGAAUGGGGAAUGCAUCAGCAGCCCCCACACCCCCCUCCAGAUCAGCCAUGGAUGCCACCAACACCAGGCCCAAUGGACAUUGUUCCUCCUUCUGAAGACAGCAACAGUCAGGACAGUGGGGAAUUUGCCCCUGACAACAGGCAUAUAUUUAACCAGAACAAUCACAACUUUGGUGGACCACCCGAUAAUUUUGCAGUGGGGCCAGUGAACCAGUUUGACUAUCAGCAUGGGGCUGCUUUUGGUCCACCGCAAGGUGGAUUUCAUCCUCCUUAUUGGCAACCAGGACCUCCAGGACCUCCAGCACCUCCCCAGAAUCGGAGAGAAAGGCCAUCAUCAUUCAGGGAUCGGCAACGCUCACCUAUUGCACUUCCUGUGAAGCAGGAGCCUCCACAAAUUGAUGCAGUAAAACGCAGGACUCUUCCAGCUUGGAUUCGUGAAGGUCUUGAAAAAAUGGAACGUGAGAAGCAGAAGAAAUUAGAAAAAGAAAGAAUGGAACAACAACGUUCACAGUUGUCCAAAAAAGAAAAGAAGGCCACAGAAGAUGCUGAAGGAGGAGAUGGCCCUCGUUUACCUCAAAGAAGUAAAUUUGAUAGUGAUGAGGAAGAUGAAGAUACUGAAAACAUUGAGGCUGCAAGCAGUGGAAAAAUCACCAGAAGUCCAUCUCCAGUUCCUCAGGAAGAGCAAAGUGAACCAGAGAUGACUGAAGAAGAGAAAGAAUAUCAAAUGAUGUUGCUGACAAAAAUGCUUCUGACUGAAAUUCUGUUGGAUGUCACAGAUGAAGAAAUUUAUUAUGUAGCCAAAGAUGCACACCGGAAAGCAACGAAAGCUCCUGCAAAACAGCUGGCACAGUCCAGUGCACUGGCUUCCCUCUCUGGACUCGGUGGACUGGGUGGUUACGGAUCAGGAGACAGUGAAGAUGAGAGGAGCGACAGAGGCUCUGAGUCAUCUGACACUGAUGAUGAAGAAUUGCGGCACCGAAUCCGGCAAAAACAGGAAGCUUUUUGGAGAAAAGAGAAAGAGCAACAGCUAUUACAUGAUAAACAGAUGGAAGAAGAAAAGCAACAAACAGAAAGGGUUGCAAAAGAGAUGAAUGAAUUUAUCCAUAAAGAGCAAAAUAGUUUAUCACUGCUAGAAGCAAGAGAAGCAGAUGGUGAUCUGGUUAAUGAAAAGAAAAGAACUCCGAAUGAAAAUACAUCAGUUUUAGAACCAAAAAAAGAGCAUAAAGAAAAAGAGAAACAAGGAAGGAGUAGAUCAGGAAGUUCUAGUAGUGGUAGUUCCAGUAGCAAUAGCAGAACUAGUAGUACUAGUAGUACUGUCUCUAGUUCUUCAUACAGUUCUAGCUCAGGUAGUAGUCGCACAUCUUCUCGGUCUUCUUCUCCUAAAAGGAAAAAGAGACAUAGUAGGAGUAGAUCUCCAACAACUAAAGCUAGACGUAGCAGAAGUAGAAGCUACUCUCGCAGAAUUAAAAUAGAGACUAAUAGGGCUAGGAUUAAGGUUAGAGAUAGGAGAAGAUCUAAUAGAAGUAGCCUUGAAAGAGAAAGACGACGAAAUCGGAGUCCUUCCCGAGAGAGACGUAGAAGUAGAAGUCGCUCGAGGGAUAGACGAACCAGUCGUUCCAGUCGCAGUAGGAGUCGAGAUAGGCGUAAAAUUGAGGAUCAACGUGGAAAUCUUAGUGGGAGCAGUCAUAAGCAUAAAGGUGAGGCUAAAGAACAAGAGAGGAAAAAGGAAAGGAGUCGAAGUGUAGAUAAAGAUAGGAAAAAGAAAGAUAAGGAAAGGGAGCGUGAACAGGAUAAAAGAAAAGAGAAACAAAAAAGGGAAGAAAAAGAUUUUAAAUUCAGUAGUCAAGAUGAUAGGUUAAAAAGGAAACGAGAAAGUGAAAGAACAUUCUCUAGGAGUGGUUCUAUAUCUGUUAAAAUCAUAAGACAUGAUUCUAGACAGGAUAGUAAGAAAAGUACUACCAAAGAUAGUAAAAAGCAUUCAGGCUCUGAUUCUAGUGGAAGGAGCAGUUCUGAAUCUCCAGGAAGUAGCAAAGAAAAGAAGGCUAAGAAGCCUAAACAUAGUCGAUCGCGAUCCAUGGAGAAAUCUCAAAGGUCUGGUAAGAAGGCAAGCCGCAAACACAAGUCUAAGUCCCGAUCAAGGUAGUAUACUUUUUAAAGUAUUUUGUCUGAUUUUUAAAAAAAAUUUGACUGAAUUUAUUCAAAGUUGAAAGUGUCCUUUCUCUCUCUCUCUUUAAUAAACUCAGUUUGGUACUUGGUACUUGAUAAAUGAUCAUAGUUUUAAAUAAUGUUAGAAAUCCUAUAUAAUACUAUUUAUUUUAAAUUGCAGAUUUUUAAUUUCAAACACAUUUUUAUUUUUAAAUUUUGUCUUUUCCCUUUGUUUUUUUCCAGAUCAACAACCCCUCCCCGUCGUAAGCGCUGAGGAAUGAUGUGGCAAGAAUGCCAUGAUGUUGUUUUAAAAAAUUCCAUGAGUUUUAAGGGCUUGUCUCAUUAUAGAGGCACAUUGUGGCUGUGUAGGUGAAACCAGAAUCUUUUUUUUUUUUUUUUUAAUCUGUAAAUAGGUGUAUUUUUUCCCAAAUGCUGCUCCAAGUUACUUAAUAGGAUUUCUUUGUAUUACAUUUUUUUCAAAAAAUAGUGCAUAAUAAGACUAUAAACAUGCCAUUCUCUUUCAGCUGUAAUGUUCUUAAAAUUAUUAUUGAAUGUACUGUGAUGUCAAUAAAGCUCUUUAGUUCAUUUUUGUUAAACUCUUGCACCGUAAUUUUAUGAUUUUAAUCUAAGGAACGUACUUUUAUAAAAAGGCAGCUGGAAUUUUGUAUAACAGGUUUUAAAGGUACUUCCUCCCACUUCCCCCAAAGAAAACGGUUUUAACUUAGUAGUUUGUCAAAGUUUGUAAAUUGUGCCCAUGGACUUUUGUCAAUUUCUAACUUUAAGGGUAUGGAAGAGGGCCAGAAAUAGACCUUUACUUUUCAUUUGGAAGGAUUUAAUCAGCUUUCUAAACUUCUUAUUUUGGGGAUUUUCAAGUAAUAUAUUCUCUAUGUGUACUAAAUAAUGGUUCACUCCUGUAAAAUGAAAUUGCUAGAAUCAAUCAAGCCAGUGCACCAGUAGUUAUUUGUAAUGAAUGAUUGUAUUUGACAUUAAUGGUCAACUCUGGAACUAUAUUUUACAGUCCACUUCUGUUUUACAAGUAUAUUUAAACACCUUGGGGUUACUAUAGAUAAUAGGACUUACAAUUCAAUAUAUUUAUUUAUAUUUUUAAAGUAUAAUAUGACCUCAACUCAGUGGAUAAAUGGUGUUUAUGCAGGUUUGUGUCAAUUACAUAACAUUAAAAUUGUCUGAUUUUUGUCAGUUAAUAGUAAUUAUGAUCAUUGGGGUGGUUUACUUUAAGGCAGCCAACUUAUAAGAAGAAUGGGGCUCUCAAGGUAUUUUAACUUAAGUGCUCAACUGUUUUCAGGGUCCAUUUUUUAUUUUUAGGCACUUAUGCAGUGAUAGAUGAAUCUCUGAAAAAUGCUUUUAAAUUUUAAUUUUAAAAAGAAAAAGCAAGUGCAGAACACAAAAGUGUUUUAAAGUAUGCCUUCUUUACCAGCAAUAGUUCAUUUGAAAAAUAAUGCCAGAUUUUUGCCAAGGUCAGUGUUUCCUCACAAUGAAGAUAAAAAAUAGAUCUGUAUAGUGCUCUUGUACCUCUACAUAGGUUCUUAAAUAAUUUUGAGCAGUUACGCAUUUAUCUAAAGGAAAUAAAUCAACUGUGAAUAAAUGCAUGUUUACCAAAAUGGCUGUUUACAGUGCAUUUAGUUCUUAUAAAGUUGACAUUUCACAGAAUAACUUAGUUUGAAAUUCUAUAUAGUUUAAACAUCAAUCAUAUCUGGAGACAAAGGAAAAUGUGCAAUAUUUUAUAUGUAGGUAAGCUAAUUGAAGUGUACCUAAUUGAAUUAUCUGAUUAAUUUGUAAUAGAUAAGUUGUAUAACAUU